UGUGUCUGCAGCUGCUGAGUAAGUAAAUGGGUAAUGUGUGUGUGUGUGUGUGUGUGUGUGUGUGUGAGAGUGUGUGUGUGUGUGAGAGAGUGUGUGUGUGUGUGUGAGAGUGUGUGUGAGUGUGAGCGUGUGUGUUUGCAUAUGAGUGCUACUGAGGGAAAAGGCUCGCGAGAAUUAGGAGAACAGCAGCGGGUGAAGUGGUCGGUUUUAAAGCAUGCAGAUGGGUUCCGUGUGCGAACUGCGCCUUACGCGGAAACGCUGGACCAUCUGCACCAUCGGCCUCCUCCUGAUCUUCUACAAGACGAAAGAAAGAGCAAGAACUAACGAGCAUCAGGAAGCCCAACUCACAAGUGAGAAUGAGCUGAGUACUUCAAGACUACUGGCCAACAGCAGCGACUUUCGGAAGAACCUUCCGGCAUAUUUGCAGGGCACACAAGAAGGGUGGAAGGUCAAUGCUACUCUAGUUAGCCUAAUAAGGAAGGACAUCCUCCACUUCUUGGAUGCAGAGAGGGAUGUGUCCGUGAUAAAGAGCAGCUUUAAACCUGGUGACACCAUCCACUACGUUCUGGACCGACGCAGGACGCUGAACGUCUCGCACACCCUCCACAGCCUGCUUCCUGAGGUCUCGCCUCUCAAAAACAAAAGGUUCAAGACAUGUGCUGUGGUGGGCAACUCGGGCGUGCUCCUCAAGAGCGGAUGUGGGAAGGAGAUAGACAGCCAUGAUUUUGUUAUACGAUGUAACCUCGCUCCCCUGGCCGAAUACGCUGAGGAUGUGGGCUUAAGGUCAGACUUCACCACCAUGAAUCCGUCUGUGAUUCAGCGUGUGUACGGCGGCCUGUUGAACGAUACGGUGCGUGAGCACUUCGUGCAGCGUUUGAGGCUCUUGAAUGACAGCGUUCUGUGGAUUCCAGCCUUCAUGGUGAAGGGAGGAGAGAAGCACGUGGAAGGCGUCAACGAGCUCAUCCUCAAGAGAAAGCUUCCGGUGCGCAUGGCCUACCCCUCCCUCCGCCUGGUCCAUGCUGUCAGAGGGUACUGGCUGACAAACAAGGUAAAUAUCAAGCGUCCCAGCACUGGAUUGCUGAUGUACACCAUGGCCACGCGUUUCUGCGAUGAGAUCCACUUGUAUGGAUUUUGGCCAUUCCCAAAGGACGCCAGUGGAAAUCUAGUGAAGUAUCAUUACUACGAUAUGCUCAAGUACCGAUACUUCUCCAACGCUAGUCCUCACCGGAUGCCACUUGAGUUCAAGACAUUAAAAAUGUUACACAGCAAAGGAGCACUAAAGCUGACCACAUCUAAAUGUAGACCAGCCUGACUGCUCUGACCGGUGAAUGUCAUAACUGAUGGUAAAGACAGAUGAUGCAGCUGAGUGACAGAAAACCUCACCCGAAUCCAUUGAAGCUGAACUGGACGUGCCUUCAGCUGGAUAUUUCAAAGGCACUAUCUGCAGAAUCAAAAAUGCUUCAGAGUGCUCUAUCAUAUUUCAGUCAAUUCAAUUCCCCAAGUCACUGACGAACUGUAAAAGAGCUCUUCAGCUACAGAUACCUUGCAAUAGUAUGACCGGUGAGUUUAAGUCUCAUCGGUUGUUUUACGCGUGAAUACUGUAUGGUUGUCCUCAGUGAUUUUCAUCUAAAAUUAGUAGCAUCGUUCCUACAGGAAAGUUACUGUAAUGUCUUUUCGGUCCCAAAGAUCUUCAUGUUCAUUGAGAGGUUUUUUUUUUCAGUCCUGUAAUUUUUAGGAGCUAGAGGCCUUUGUGCAUAAUAGUGAAAAUUAUUUUUAUAUGAAAGUAGGUCAUACAGUGCUUACAUGUUCAGUUUGCUGUGUUCAAGAUGUCACUAAUUUUCUAAGCCAUUUCAAGCCUCCAUGAUGUAACACAUUGUAAGUCAGAAUAGUAAAAACCACUCGUGUAAAUGAUGCAUAGUUUGUCACAUGGAAGGAUAGGCUGGUGUUAGUGUUGUUGGAAUGGACCAUAUAUUUAUUGAGCCUGAUUAUUAGUUAUUUUCUUCUGUUGGUUUAAGGCCUGGAUUUACUGAACUAUUCAUCAUAUAUACUACAGUUUAGCUGUGUUUCUCAUGGAACUGUGUGUUAGUCAUGUGUUUGCUCAAAUGUGUUACCUUAGCCUUGACUUUUUCAAAAUAUAAUUGUCCUUGCGUGAGCUUUCAUCAUUAUUGCAUCAACGCUCAUGUGACCUACUGAUGAUCAAGCUUAACUUCCGCAUCCACAAACCUUACAACAAGUACUUAUAAUAAUGUGAUCAAUUAAAUAAUCAAAUCUGGAUUUCAAAUGAGGUGUAGGUAGUGUACUAUGUAGUGUACAUGCAAUUGUAAUGUGAUGGAAGUGAAGACACUCCCCUCUCUGUGAUUUAUACCGAGAUCGUGAUUAGUGAAGAUGCCGUCUGUAGCAGAAAUCUUUUCUUGCACAAAGAAGAAAAAUUUGAACGUUUGAUCCAUCCUUUUUCUUUUUUUUUUUUUCCUUUUUUUGCUAUAAAUACAAGGAUGUGCAAAGAGUAAAAUAGUAGUACAUAUUUCCUUAGAUUUUCACCAAAGUUAAUGGCUGAUUAUUACCGUGAUAACUGUGAUACUUUAAGCCUAAAUGAUCAUUGACGUGAAAAUUCUAAACACCCCAAACUUCAAAACAUUCCAUAUUUCAGCUCCUUUUGUAGACUGAAUAUGUAACGUUGCCUUUAUCGUUUGCACAUUAGCGCAUUGUAGAGAACAUUGCUGUUGCACAACAUGUGUACGCUCGGUGGUUCCAGGCCUUCGGUGCUCCUCCAGUCUCUCUCGCUGAUAUUUGAUUUGAGUUUUUGCUAGCUGUAGCACUGUACAUAUGUAAGAAUGUAAAGACAUUUCCAUCGGUUUUCAACAGAAACGUACUACUUCAUGCUGACUGCAUAUUGUAAUGUAUUACAUGCACUGUAUCGCUGAGGUUGGUCUCAGUUAUGGACUAAUUUCCUAGAAUAUUGUUAAUGUCACAUUUGUCUUUUUGUACAAAUUGUGUUUGCUUGCCAGUCAUUUUGGUUUGCAGUGUUUUGCCAUCGGGUUGUUUUGUGACGGUUGCUGAAAACAGAGAUCUUUAAAAAAAUGCCUUUAAUCGUUCCAGUCCUCCUGGUUUUCUGUCUCGGAAUAUGUAGCUGUAGCAAGCAGUGUUAGUCAACAGCUAAACACUCAGCAGUCGCAAUAAUGCUAAAGAGAUCUGUAGAAAAAACAGUAACUGGGAACAUUAAAUGGUAUUUUACAGUCUGUCCUGAGAAAUGACUGAUUCAAUUGAUUAACUAGACUAAAGAGAUUAGCACCCACGAGGUGCUCUUUACGUGUUUACAGAUUAUGGCACAAGCUUGUCAAGCACUAUGUGAAGACCAACUGUGUUAGAGCCAGUGGUGUACCAGGGAUUUAUUUAGCAAAUGCACAUGGAUCCUUGUUCAAAUUUGUUCAAAUCUGGCUGCGGAUGGUGGAAUAAAAUCCUGAGCUCCCUCAAGAAAGACUAGAACCGUGUGUGUUAUGGUUCUAUGGUAUGUCCUAGAGAUACUGUACUGCCUGGUGUUUGCAGCCAUGUAUCAUACUAUUUAUUGUUUGAGGAAACUGCUGUUGUUUUCUCUUUCAGGAUUUUCAUUUGGUCAGUAAUUUAUAUUGUAAUUUUUUGUAAAGAUGUUGAAUGUGAUCGGUCAUUUUUAGACAGUUUGAUACUUGUUUUGCUAAACUUGCAGCUUUAAUCUGAGUUCACUUUUUUCAAAACCAAAUUUCUAUGUUUGUAGAAAUUUUAGACAAAUGAAAUAAAAAAAUACAUUGAUCUCGUCUCUGUUUGGUUGUAAGUAUUUCGGUACUUCAGUGUUGUUUUUGUGCUUUCUGUGACUAUUUUCUGUUUCCUUGUUGGUUGACAAGAUGAAGUCAGAUGGUGGCAUGUUUCCAGCCUUUUUUUUUCUUCUAGACUAAUCCCACGCUUCACUCAGCAGCUUGUUGGACAUGGCCUACUUAUUCUGUCGUCUGUGGUGAUAUUCUGCUAUAAAGUGCGGAGGUGCGGAUGAGCCGCUUCCUGGGAAGUAAUCAAGAAUAUCAUCAGAAUGACAUCGUGCACAACUUUCAUACACAGUCUUGUUGAAAAUUGGUCAUGAAUAUAUUAAUAAUAAAGUAGAAACUAUAUACUGAAUAAUAUAGUGUUAGAUAAGUGAACAGCUUAUUAUGUUUAGUCAUACAGAGAGCCAUAUCUAAAUAGAGUUAUUGACCUAGCAGAGGAUGGGCUCGAUCCAGCAACCUCUGGGUUAGGGGUCCAGCACGCUGCCACUGUGCCACGCUACACACCACAUGAAUCUCUGAUGGGAGGAGAACCCACAGUCCCUGGUUUAGGAGCUGGUGCCUUACCCAUUACGCCAGCCGGUCUAUCAGAGCGCAAUCACAAAUGACACCAGUCAGCCUUCACACAGCAAGCGCAUGGCCUCAUAAUUCAGAAUAACUCAGGAUAUGCAUAUUGUGUUAAACUGGGAUUUGGGAAUUGCAGAGGCCUACUUCUUUAAUGGAUCUCACCAGCGAUGUCAGACAUUUGAUUGAAUUUAUGCCUGACUAUGCCGUACUGCGUUGAUGAUGUUCAUGUUCUUUCUGUCAGUUGUGCCCCAAAUUUGUCUAAUAUUUUAAUGCCUCUGAUUUGCUUCUUUUUUUUUUAAUGUGUGUAUAAAUUCUAUUUUUAAUUUCCUUUUAUUUCGUUUUUAGGAUUUUUCUGGAUGUGAAUACAUUUUCUAAUAUAUUUAGAAAAUACCUACUGCUGCAGUAGGUAUUUGUGUUAGGGGCAUUAAAGAGUUUUAUUUGGCUUAAGUUGUGACCUCAAGCUGAAUGCAUGUGGACCUUCUUUGUGUGAAAGGCAUUAAAUCUCACCAGGCUCAGCCUCUGGGUUAUGGACCCAGCACAUUUCUGCUGCACCACAGCUUAUACAG